AUGGUGGCAACCAACUUCUUAUCUGUCCUCUAUCUCGUUGCAUACGCUUCUGCGUUGCCCAAGAUUCCCCUUUCAAAACGCAAGGACAUUUUAGCGGAAAGCAAACGAAAUGGUGUUCUACAAAAUAUCGAGGCUUUCAAAAUGCAGAUUGCGAAGACCAAAAGUAAGAUCGCUGCUGGUCUUGUAGCUGUCGAGAAGAAUACCGGCCGUGUCCAUCCAGCAGUUUCAGGCUUCCGAGGCACCUUCACACCAACGGACAACAAUCCUGCUCCUGAAAAAAUCACCUCGUUGACGGGAAGAGCCAUCGUCCCCGAACCUUUAACAGAUUCUGAAGAGGAUCUCUGGUUUGGCACCAUCACUGUUGGAUCCCCACCGCAGACCUUCACAGUCGAUUUCGAUACGGGGAGCUCAGACACAUUCUUGCCAGCUGUAGGGUGUGAUUCAACUUGCGACGGCCACACUCUUUUCAAUACCGCUAAAAGCUCGACUGCUGUUAAUACUACCGACCCAUUUUUCCUGCAAUUUGGUGCCGGAAACGCCACUGGAUUUGUAUUUUCCGACACUGUGAAAGUCGCUGGUGUAACCGCAACUGGCCAAGCCGUCGGUGCUUCAAAUCACUAUUCUGUCGAGUUCGAAGCCGCAAAUUUCCCUCCUGAUGGUCUCGUUGGCAUGGCUUUCCCCGCGCUCUCAGUCUUUGGUGCCAACCCUCUUUUCACAACGCUGGUCAAUCAGGGUCAAGUCCCGUCAGCUUUUGGGGUCAAGCUCGCAGAUUCUGGCUCCGAGUUACGACUGGGCGGUGUCAAUACUGCUCUAUUUACUGGUGCUUUCCGGAACGUUUCCUUGAUCGAAGAGGACUUCUAUGCCCUCAAUUUGCAAGCCCUAGACGUCAGCAGCAGAACGGUGGCUACUGCUAAUGGCGUCACUGCCAUUGUCGAUACCGGAACCACUCUCCUCAUUGGUGACCCACAAGGUGUCGAGAUUUUGUACAGCGCUAUCCCCGGCGCCAAGGAUGCUUCUGCGAUCCUCGGGCCUGGUUUCUUCACCGUACCUUGCAACCGCAUCCCCACCGUCGGAGUCACGCUUGGGAAUCAAAUUUUCAAUGUGGCGCCAGCCAUCUUCAACCUCGGCGUGUUGCAGGGAAAUGAUUGUGUUGGGGGCGUCGUCUCUUCUGACGGCAUUCCAUUCUGGGUUCUUGGCGAUAUUUUCCUGCGCAACUUCUACACUGUGUUUGAUCAGGGUAAAGCGCGGGUGGGAUUUGCCACCCUCCGGUGA